AUGUUGAAAAGCGAAUAAUUGGUGGAGUAAAGGCGAAGAUUCCUACUUAUGCUGGAAACUACUACGUGAAAGUAGUCAAGACAACAGGGGAAGAAGACGAGUUAAAUGAGUAUUGUGGGGGAGUUGUCGUGGGCCAUAGUUGGGUUUUGACCCAUGCUUGGUGUGUGGAAGAUGCCAAUCAUGUCCACCUGCUUCUGGGUAACUUCACAUUUGGGGCAAUGAGGAGCAAACUGCGAAGGGAAAAGUUCGAGACAAUCAUUGGGGGCGAAGACAUUUAUUUCUCCAAUAGCGAAGACGAAGAUGGUGUUGCCCUUUUGAGGGUUCCAUUCACGAUGCCGAAGAGUUGGAUCAAACAACUUUGUUCCUAUGAGUCAGAUCUGCACAAGAAGGAAUAUUUUAUAGGCAUCAUCGGAACCGGAGCCACCAAGGAAAAAUCAGUGAUGAUGCCUCCUUUCCUCAAGUACAUGAAG